GGGCUUGGUCUCUAUGGUUCCGGGGCGCGACGGCGGAAGGCAGGUCGGCUCCCGGCGUCGCGCUGCAAGAGUCGCGCAGCGGGCUUCCUUUGCGGCAGGCCUCCUUGUCGCCUGCGGAUCGUCUAGGAGAGGCGGCCAGCGAGGAGAAAAGGACACAGCGGCCGGACGCCAUGCCGUUCUUUGAUGUGCAGAAAAAGCUGGGUGUUGACUUAGACCACUGGAUGACAAUCCAGAGUGCUGAGCAGCCUCACAGGAUUCCAGCUCGAUGCCAUGCUUUUGAGAAAGAAUGGAUAGAGUGUGCACAUGGAAUCGGUAGUAUCCGAGCAGAGAAGGAGUGCAAAAUAGAAUUUGAGGAUUUCAGAGAAUGUCUGCUUCGACAGAAAACGAUGAAACGUCUGAAUGCCAUCAAGAGACAACGGGAUAAGCUAAUUAAGGAAGGGAAGUACACACCUCCACCUCACCACUCGGGCCAGGAGGAUCUUCGGCCCUGAGCGGAGCAGCUGCCAGUGGCUGGAGACUGAUUCUCACGUUCUCUCUUCUCCACCGGAAACUCUGUGUACUAAAAACCCCUUUGUGAGAGAGUCUAAAAAUAAAGGAUUGCUCCAUCCUA